UUUCCAACUAACCAGAGGAAUUAAGACUUGGAGCCUUUAUAAAGGAUAAUUUCAUGAUUUAUUGAAGAACCCAUGAACAUGUUCAACAGCACCCUGUCUAUGACUGAGUUUGUUCUGAACUGUGCAAUUACCCCGGAACAAAAAACCACAGCAAUUGCUCUUCUCAUAUUGCUUUAUCUGGUAUCUCUCUUUGGGAACCUGUUGGUAAUUCUGGUCAUAAUGAUAAACCAUCAGCUUCACUGCCCAAUGUAUAUUUAUAUUGGCACCCUUGCAGUGAUUGACUUGGGUAAUGGCAUUGUCCUUAUUCCAAAAAUGUUAACUGUAAUUAUACAUGAUGUUUUACUAGUUCCAUAUACAGCUUGUCUGGUGCAGAUGUACUUAAUAUUAAAUAUGGAACUGAUGGAAGCUCUUCUUCUAACUUUGAUGGCCAUAGACCGCUAUGUAGCUGUAGUAUUCCCACUAAGGUAUCCAUUAAUUGUGACAAACAAAACUGUAUUGGUAAGUGUUGUUAUCUUGGUAAUUAGUGCUUUCUUAAUCAACUCUUCCUACCUCGUUUUUACAAAUGAGCUUCCGUUUUGUGAAACCAAUAUACUUCCAUACUGCUUUUGUGAUUACUCAACUAUGGUUCACAUUUCUUGUGCGGAUAACCCCAAGUACUUAAUGCUUAUAUCAACGAUAGUCAUUGCUUUUGGGGUAUUCCCUUUUGCACUAAUACUAUUUUCUUACAGUAUAAUUGGUUUGGCCGCUCUGAGGAUCUCCUCAGUUGACGGGAAGAAGAAAGUUUUCAGCACCUGCCUAUCCCAUAUUCUAGUGGUUGGCUUCUUUUAUAUACCAUUCAUGAUAUCCUACAUUUUACCAGGAACAGGAGUUAAACUAUCGACUGAAGCCUACAAUACUUUAGUGAUAAUUGGAAAUGUGGUCCCUCCUAUGAUGAAUCCUAUAAUUUACAGUUUUCGAAAUAAGGAAAUCAAAGGCAGCAUUUACAAAAUAUUAUCAGGAAAGAAAACCAAUCCAGAAGUCAGUAAUUAGUAACCGAUUCCUGUUAGGAGGUAUAAAUAAUUUUCUCCUACCAAG